CGAGGCGUACGCGAGCGCACCGCGCAUGCGCCGUGCGCUCCCGAAAUCCUGGGGCCGCAGCUCGGGGAUUGUGUGACAGGCAGCUAGCGAGAAGAUGUGAAGAUGGCGGAAUUACAAAUGCUCUUGGAAGAGGAGAUUCCUGCGGGCAGAGGAGCUUUACUGGACAGUUACGCGAACUUAGAGCGAGUCGCGGAAUACUGCGAGAGCAAUUAUAUCCAGUCUCCCGAUAAGCAGAGGGCGCUAGAUGAGACGAAAAGCUACACUACUCAGUCCCUGGCCAGCGUCGCCUACCUGAUCAACACACUCGCCAACAAUGUGCUGCAGAUGCUCGACAUCCAGGCGUCUCAGCUCCGCCGUAUGGAGUCCUCCAUCAACCACAUCUCACAGACGGUGGACAUCCACAAAGAGAAGGUGGCCCGGCGUGAGAUCGGCAUCCUCACGACCAAUAAAAACACAUCUCGCACGCACAAGAUCAUCGCCCCGGCCAAUCCCGAGAGGCCUGUGCGCUACAUCCGCAAGCCCAUCGACUACAGCCUGCUGGACGACGUAGGACACGGUGUGAAGUGGUUGUUAAGGUUCAAGGUUAACGCCCAGAACAUAAAGGCGGGCACGACCCCACGCACAGUUGCCCCAUCGCAGAAACCACCCAGCCCUCCAGGCCCGGGGAAGGGCACCUUAGGGCGCCACUCCCCCUACAGGACGCUUGAACCUGUGCGUCCUCCGGUCAUUCCUAACGACUACGUGUCGAGCCCGACCCGCACUACAGCUCCGCCCCUCCAGAGCCCGGCACGCACCGCCUCCGUUAAUCAGAGGACUCGCACGUACAGCAGCGGCAGUAGCGGAGGAAGCCACCCGAGCAGUCGCAGCAGCAGCCGAGAGAACAGCGGGAGCGGCAGUGUGGGUUUGCCUAUUGCCGUGCCGACGCCGGCCCCUCCCACUGCUUUUCCAGCCUGUUCUGUAGCAGGAAACGGGCCUCAAUUCUACAGCAUGAACCGACCAAUGGCACGGCAAAACACGCCCUCGGUAGGCGGGUCCCUCCCGUACCGCAGACCGUCCUCGUUGACCAAUCAGCCGAUCAACGCACCCCAGAACACUCACGCGAACAUGAGCCAGACACAGCUUAACGGCGGACCCCACUUCAACCAGAACCAAGGCAACAUGGCUCCGCCCCCUCCAUCCAUAUUACAGAUCACACCCCAGCUGCCUCUGAUGGGCUUCGUGGCUCGGGUGCAGGAGACCAUCUCCGAUGCUCCUCCUCCUCCACCCCCUGCGGAUGAGUCCGCGUUUGUGGACUCGACUCCGCCCCCUCCUCCGCCAGAGGAUUAUGAGGAUGACGAGGGCGAAGAAGACGAAGAGUCGGCAGUGGUGGAGUACAGCGACCCGUAUGCCGAAGAGGAUCCGCCGUGGGCUCCUCGUAACUACCUGGAGAAAGUGGUCGCGAUCUACGACUACCUGCGCGAUAAAGAGGACGAGCUGUCCUUCCAGGAAGGCGCGAUCAUCUACGUCAUCAAGAAGAACGAUGACGGCUGGUACGAGGGCGUCAUGAGCGGCACCACCGGGCUCUUCCCCGGAAACUACGUCGAGUCUAUCAUGCACUAUGCUGACUGAGCCACCAGGGGGAGCUACUUUCUUUUUCUCAUCCUCUCUCCGUUUCUCCCAUUCACAACCAAAAACCUCCUACUCAGAUACACCCAUAUACAGACGCACACACCCACACACAAGAACGACAAAGAGGACGAUACACGUCUGUAUAUUUGUGAAGAUUUUUUUUUCCGUGAGUGUGAGAAUGUGUUAAUGUUUGUUGGAAGAUUUCGACUUACAGAUUUAUAAGGACCAUUUUUUUUUUGUCUUAAUUUGAGUCUUAUAGAAACACUAAAUAUUCCUGCUGCUGGUUUUCGCUCGACACUAUUUGAGCUGCACUUCUGAGCUCCUCUUCCGUCCACUUUUUAUUUUUUGUUUUUCUCCCUCCUGCCCUGAGAGAUCUUCGAAGAGCCACCAGAAGGACAUCAUCUCUCAGCUCCUCCUGACACUCUGGGGGUGUGGACCUGAACACCUUCAGCACUCGUUUUCUGUUACACUAAGGUGGGAGGAGUGUUUGGGUGCAGGGCUGGGAUGUCUUUCUCAUGGUUUUUUUACUUUCGAUUUUAUAUUCGCUGCAAUCGGCCAAUCAGAGCAGACCUGUUUCUCAGAGUGCGUCAACGGAAAACACUACACAAAUUUUUCCAUCGAAACUGCAGCCGUUUUUUUGUUGUUCCUUUUGCAGUUCUUCUCAGCGACGGCAGAAGCAGAAACAUCAACGCACUCGAAGAACACAAUACAGAUCCACGCUACGGGCAAAAGUUUGUGGACACCUGAUCAUUCAAUUCUUUACAAAAUUGAACAUCCCGUUCUGCAUACAGAUCGUAUUCGCUGUUACAGUAACAUCCAUUCUUCUGGGAAGAUGUUCCACUCGAAUUUCGUGGAGAUUUGAGUCAUUCAGCCACGGGUGUUAAAGAAGUUAGGGUACUGAUGUAGGUGAGAAAGGGAGGGAGGCCUGGUGAGGCCUGGGAUGCAUGAAAAAUUCAUCCCAAACAUGUUCAUUAAGUUUGGAGCGCUAUAUAGCAGAAGAUCUUCCACUCCUCCACUCACUCGAAGCAUGCUGGCUUUGUGCAUGGUCUCCAAAUUCAAGUGAAGGGAAAAUAUCAUGGAAAUUCCUCCAAAGAGGUUCUUUACAAUUUACCAGCUUUGAGCUUAAAAGAAUAAAUGUGUUUGGAAAGUCAGGUGUCCCGACACGAAAUCACUAAAGCGACGCUGCAUCAGUUUUAGUUCGAGGUGAUCUCCAUCCAGGUUUCUGGCAUCUGCUUGAGCACCAUUGUUGGAAAUCUUUCCUUUAAUGCAUAUUAAUGCUAAGAAAAAGUGAUUCUAACAAUUUCCUCUGUUUCCCAGUUCUGUUUUAUUAUUAUUUUUCCCUCCACCUCGUCACUUUGCAGGCUUUUAGCGUUAGUUUAUACCAAAGGAUUCCUUUGCAUGUGGAUGUGGACGGCGGAACGUAAAAUCCACGCCAUUGACACUUUUUUUUUCUUCAUCAGAGAUACGAAUCGGAUUGGACCGAUUCUCGGUAUAUGCGUGCGUGUGCGCGUGUGUGUGUGUGUGUGUGCUAUUAAAAAAUAAGCUCGUGCCAUAAAGAAGUGUUUCUAGAUAGUCAAGAUGUUUUAUGAAGAUUCUUUACGAUUCCCGACACGGGAUUUCCCGGAAUGAUACGGUGGAUUUUUUUAGCUCUGGAUUUACAAAUACAACACUGUGUAUGUGUAUUUAUCUAUCGCUUAUUAUUAAAAUUUUAACGAUCUUGUUGGUGUAUAUGAUUGACGUAAGAAUAAGAGAAACGCUCCUUCGACCUGCAAUAACGUUCGACUACAGAAAGCACAAGCGCUCGUGCGAGUGACCGAAGCGAGGCGGAAAAAAGACUCCGCCGGGGUUUGUUCUCAUUCUUUUGAUUUGAUUUACUUUUCUUUUUUACACUAUGAGGUACAAUGAUGUCUGUAGAUGUUUGUGUGUGUGUGUGAGAGCAUGAAUGUGUCGUAUGAUCCUGAUGUUCGUGAACAAUUUGCUCGCCUGUGCAAAUUCUCUUUUCCAUGGAGGGUUUGUGGCCCGUGUGUGAACCAACUCCUGCAUGUUGAUCAUUUCUGUGACUUUAUUAUUUACUAUAUUAUUUUUUUUUUCUGCUGAUGGAGAAUAAAACUGGAUCGAACGAGUCUGCACAA